AACCUUUUUUUGACAAGUAUGCAUUGCUUGUGAAGAAAUUUUCAUGUCGACGAUCGACGGUGUCUUCGUCUCUCUACUAUUCCUCGAGAGAUUAACUUGAGAUUUUUCACUAAUUCCAAGUAUAAUCCCGGGAAACGAACGAAAUGAUUGAAUCGUGUACGAAGAAACGUAUGUUGUUUGGUAUCACGCUGCUGGGAGGUUUAACGAUACUCGUUCUUAUCGUCGAGAGUCAUUGGACCGACAGUACCAACAGCAAACCAUUUGCCGUAGCUUUUGAUAGCAAUGCAACCUGCCCUCUCAACGAAAAGUUUGAGGUUUUGACUGAAUGUCAUCCAUGUUCAGCCUUUGAAAUAGCCAGUGAAAGUAUCGGAGUCUGCGUUCAUGCUAGAUACAAAGAAGUAUUGAAGUGCAAAAACGGGGAAACGAUCACUAGAAGUUGUGACAAAGUGGCCUGGCUGGAAGAAAGAUCAUUCUGGAAAUUCGAAGGUUUGAUGUGUGCUCUUUCGGUGAUGUCCUGCAUAAGUGUAUUUUGGCGAGAAAGCGUGCUUCGGAAACGAAUCAUUCGAAAAGUAGCGAAACAAUUGAGAAACAGCGUUUGA